GAUGCGCUCCGCCGGCUUCCGCCAGCGGCCCGGCCGAGGCCAUGGCGGGGUAUUUGACUCCGCGCUUCAGGAGGAUCCGGAGUCGGAGCGAGUUGGAGCCGCGGCGGGGGAGCGGGCGGCGGCGACAAGGUGGGAUUGCAGUGGUCCUUUUCAAGCAACUCAGCUGUGGAAUGGUAUUAUACGUGCCCUCCACAAUCAACUGGAAAUCAAAAGACGUAGACAACAUCUGAAAACAUAUAAAAACUGUUUCACUGGCUCAAAUGCUGUCGAUGUGGUACUGAGCCAUCUUAUGCAAAGCAUGUACCUAAGCUGUAAUGAUAUUUCUCGACUGAAGGGAGUCCGUGUAUGUCAAGCAUUGAUGGAUCACAAGGUGUUUGAGCCAGUUGGAGCAAAGCUUUACUUAUUCAAGAACGGGAAAGAAACAGAGUUUGAAGACACAGACACUAGUCUCUAUAGAUUUGUAAAUAGCAGUCUUGAUCCUCCUCUUCAAGGAAUGAAUGAGAACAAUGAAAGCUUGUCUCCUGAGCAAAUCUGCAAACAAAAAACAAUAAGAUGUUCCAAAACCAAGUGUGACACACUUUCAAACCCCUCAGCAUUAGAAGCAGCUGAUAAAAAGAGGGUAGAGGAGCUUCUCCGAUCAAUCUAUGUUCAUGCAUCUUUACCUCCAAAGAUCAUGGUUAAUGAACCAAUUCAUCUGCUUUCAAAAAGAGUAAUAGAAGAUGUUUGGAAACAGCAAACUCUGUUGCGAUUGCUGCAGUUAAUUGAUAUUCCUCUUCUAGAAGAUAUCUUGGUGUCUUCAGUGAAGACAAAACCAGACUGUUUUGGCAAAGAAGAAGACCUAGUUAUCUCAAAUACUUUCCUGGACAGAGAGGUUACAUGUAGCUUAAACUUGCCUGAGCUUGACAGAUGGCUCUAUGCUGCAAUUGAAUGCUUGGAGUAUUUUCCUGACCAAUUCAUAGUGAUGAUUAGUCAGCAGUUACCUCAGAGCACUGACGAACCCAGCAAUCUGAAUACAUACAAGAAGAUUCUUUUUGACAUUAUAAUGAAGUAUUAUAGUCAAAAGAAGGAGUCUCUUCUUGCUGCUCAGGAUCCCCAUAUUUAUUCAGGAAUUAUAGAACUUAUAGAAAAAGGAAAAACAGAUCAAGCUCUAGAGGCAUUACAACUUUAUUUAAAAUUAUUAGCACCAAAUAUCAGAGAAGAACUACACAGGCUCCUGACAUUCCUAGCCAUUGCAUCUGAAUCUGAGGGCUACAGAUUACAAAAACAAUUUGAGAACAGAUUGGUGAUCAUCAAGACUUGCACAAAGUUCAUCUUGCAAAAUAGAACACUGUCAAAACCACAGGCAGAACUGCUGACUCAGUUUCUGAUGGACAAUCACUCUGAGCUCUUCAAGACUCCUUUAACUCUUUUGGAACUAACAAGUAGGAGACUUGAGAGUUUGCUAGAAGGACAAGAUCCAGAUAUCAAUUCAGGCUUCACCUUCUGUCAGCGCAUUACAACUCAAGAGUAUGAAGAUCAAAAACAACAAACCAAUCAGCAUCUUCUAGCAUUGAUUCAAGAGAUGGACAAUGACCCUACUGUUCCUUUGAAGCAAAAGAAGAAAUUAAUCAAAGAAUUCAAAAAAUAUCAUUGUCUAUUGUAGUGGUUGUAAAACUGCAUGUGAAUUCUGUAUUCCAAAUGGUUUGACACCAAUACAGCCUUUUUUUAUCUCUUUUAAAAAAAGUGGAGGAUGCACGUGAAAAUUGUUCAUCAUAAAAAAAUGUUUUCUUCUUAUGUCUUUACAUCUUCAGUUUCAGGAAAUACAACUAUCAAAAUUACUAUGGUGCUAAAAAGCAUUAAAUCUAAUUAUUCUUUUAAGCAAAAUGUACUUAAUUACUCAUAAGUUAAUACAACACUGCUUGUGCUGCUUUGAGUUCAGGGUUUGGCACUUUUUUCCUUCUGUUCCACAACCCCAUGGCACUCUAUCUGAGCCAAGUCUACAUUCAGAGCCAUGUUUGGGUUGAUAAUCAGUAGGGGAUUUUAAUCUUUUCUAUCUGUAAUUAAUAAUAAUUGAAACUGUAGAUUAUGACUCCUGCGGGUGUUGUAAAAGAGUACAAAGUGUGUCAAAAACGUUAGAAGCAGGUAACUGGGUUUUGAAUCUAGCAGGCAAAAUUUAUUAGGCAGGGAAACUGUGUGUGCUUGCAGGCAUUAAUUAAAUCCUGUUGUUACUCCCUCUCCACUAUGGCAGUCUGAGCUGCUGCUAAUUCAGCAAUUAUGCAAAAGCAAGUAAAAAAUUACAUUUUGAAGAAACCUUAGAAAUAAUAAUCUGGGUUUAGAUCUCUUGGUAUACUUAAGUAAUUUAUUUUAACAUGAGGACAUUUUGAGAGUGUCUAGUUAUUUAUCAUAAAUACUUUUGAUAAUGUUUAUGAAUUUCUACAGCAAAGCUAGAAAGCAUGUUGGCCCGUCUUGACACAUUGAUGGUUAACUGUACAUUAACAAGAAAAUGUUGAUACAAGUCAUACAAUCAUAGAAUGGUUUGGAUUGGAAGGAACCUUAAAGAUCAUCUUAUUCCAACCCCCCUGCCAUGGACAAGGACACCUUUCACUAGACCAGGUUCCU